UGAGAGCAAAUGGGGAGGAGAUUACAGCAGAGGCUAUGUCAAUCUUUUACAAGAACUUUUUAAACGAAGCUUAUGAUAGACACAUGGAAUACAACCGAACCUGGUGGAGAAUGAACUUUCAGCAGUUGUACCCCGGAUUUAAAGCAGCGUUCCGUUCUUUGAGAAAGAGAACAACGUGCUCAACCAAUUUGAACGCAAGCCAAGGCUUUUGGGAAAAGAGCUUUGAAUCAUAAACUUAUCUCGGUACAUGUGUCAGCAUUUAUUUAUUGAUAUGGUAGACUGAGCAGUAACACAAUAAAAUUCUUACAACUAAUGUAGUGGUACAUCAUCCAUUUGCUGGGAACAGUUAAAUUUCUCUUUUUGAUUUAUAAGCUAGCACCUGCUGCUCGUUCGUCUUCACAUAAUUGGAAGAGU